AUGGCAAAAAUCAUCUUGAGGCAUCUCAUAGAGACUCCAGUGCGAUACGAGGAGGAGUUUGAAGCUCGAGGUUUGGAAGACUGCAGGCUGGAUCACGCUUUAUAUGAACUGCCCGGGCCAACCACCGUGGACCUGGGGAAAGCCAGGGUGGCCCAGGCUGCCCCGGUGGACACCGCAGAGAUGCCGCCCCAGAGAGACAAAUCCCGCUUCCAGGUCCUGCUGGACGUGGUCCAGUUCCAACCCGAAGAUAUCAUCAUUCAGACCUUCGAAGGCUGGCUGCUGAUUAAGGCUCAACAUGGAACCAGAAUGGACGAGCACGGUUUUAUCUCAAGAAGCUUCACCCGACAGUAUAAACUGCCCGACGGCAUUGAAACCAAAGAUUUGUCUGCCAUCCUGUGUCACGAUGGAAUUCUGGUGGUGGAAGUAAAGGAUUCAGUUGGGACCAAAUGA